GAGACAAACCCGGCAAAACACCGAGGUUGGGACAAUCUUCUGGCACAUUCCCUUCCGCCAUCCUUUCACACGGAGCCAUAAGUGGUGGGGGCUGGGAAGACGUUGCAAUGAGCUCUUCACUGAGGACGACGAAGCCUUGCGCUCGAUGUCUGGCUGCUAUUCGAGCUCGCCCCCCAGCAGAGACGACAGUUUCGAUUGCAGGGCCAUCCAGUUAUCAAGCGUAUAUGACGGAAUCUUUUCCUUCCAAAAGGAGGUCAAGACUCACGUCUACAAGAGCAUUUACGAGUCCACCGAGUUUACGGGGUGAUUUUUAUCAAGGACAACCUGACUGUCUCCAAUAUCCAACUCAGCAUAGUAUCCAAAGUAAAAGGCAAAGAUCCCCUCACAUCAAAUCGACAUUUACCAAAGGUUUCUCAUCGACUUCACGGGAUGUGACCUCUGCGCCACUCCUCCAAAAUGAUGCAGCAAGAAAGAUAGCACAUUCAAUUGCCGGGCCAUCAGCUUACCAGGCCUAUGUGAUAGAAUACAAUCCAUUUCUCAAAGGAAGCCCAAGAUCCACGCUUGCGAGCGAACGACUGUGCCAGGGUCAACUUGACUAUCUCCGCCGUCCAUCUCAUCAUAGUACUCUGAAUAUAUUCCGUAAAUAUUUUCAAACCACAGCAGCCUCUGCCAAUUCUAUACCACGCCCUGAUCCCGUCCUUCAGCACCUAUCUCACAUGGCAAUACCCGAUUUCAAACCACCACCUCCAGAAACCAAAGCUUCCCCCAUACCACAACAUACCUUCUCUCCCAAAGAACGCUCUGCAGCUCUUUCCGCUCUUCAACGGUCAACGUCCUCUCCGCCUUCUCAAGAUAUCACCUCUGCUCAACUACUUCAAUCCUACACUGACUUGUAUAUGUCUUCACCCCAGUCACAGCUAUUUACAGUCAGCGAAGUGCAAGAUGUUUUAAAAGCUUUGAAAUUAUUGCAAGCUCGUGAAGCAGGGGAUAGACAGGUCGCGGAGGAACAGAUUGAGCCUUUGCUAGAAGAAAUCAAAGCUCUAGUAGGGGACGAACGGAAAUCGUCACAAGGGUUAGAAUUACUGGCUUUAUCGUCAAGAACAAAACACAGUCGUCGAAUCAAGACCAAAAACCUUGUCGAUGCCGAAAAGACCUUUCGUUCCCUCUUCCCCGAACCGCCACCUGAAAAAGAUAUCGGUGGGAGACGUCGGUACAAGGCAGCAUUGAAUCAUUUGAUAUAUCUAUGUGCUCUUGCGGGGCAGGGAGGGAGGCUGGAAGAUUGGUGUAACCGUUUGGAGCGGGAUGGGCUUAAAGCGGAUGGACACACAUGGUUAUCACGCAUGAUACUGCUCGAUAGGGCGGGAAAGGGGGAAGAAGUCAAUGGGAUAUUGGACAAGGUGUUAGAAAACUUCGAUGAGGAAGUGGUGACGAAAGAGGAUAUGUCGAUAUUAGUCAAUUACGCAAUGGUUGUUUACGCCAAAUUGGGACGAUGGGACGUUGUCUCUGAAGUUUACGGCCGACUACGUCCUACGGACUCUCACGACCUCUCUAUAAUCCGUUCCUCUCUUCCCAACCCAUCAUACUUUGACGGCACCCAUCCACACGUUCCCCACCAUAUUCCCCUCCCGCCAUUCUCCGUUCGUCUAACUCGCCGGUCGUAUUCACCUCUCCUCGUCUCCUUAUCCGUCCAAGGCCAUCUCCCCGCAACGCUUACCAUCUUCAAGCACAUCUUCGAAGACGGACAUACCCCUUCUGUCGAUGACUACACAGCGCUUUUCAAAGGGUUUGUCAAGCACGGUGUUACCCCUUCAAUAGAUACUGGUGGUUUUGGGAACGCGGGGCAAGUGAGUGAAGCCGGGAAGAUGCUGGGGGUUGCCAGUGCGUCGGGUGGAGGUGAAUUAGAUGGUUUGGGAGGAAGCUUUGAACAGCGUAUGAGUGGGAUCUGGGAGAGGGGAGCUAUGUUUGCUGAACCGUUUCAAUGGCCAGUUGAAAAGUUUCGAGAAGGUAAUGGCGAAUGGACUUUGGAGGCUUUACAAGAUAUAUUCGAAUCCUUCCUUACUCUUCGUCCGAUUUUGCCAUCUUUUAGUCCUUUGACAUUCUCCGAUCCUCAGUCUGGACCCGAUUUGAAAUCGGACGUGAAUAUAUUACAAGCUGAAAAGCAGGCGAGGCUUUAUGCUAAAGCGCCUGGAAGAAAAGCGGUGUGGACAGUGCUCAAGGCUUUUGGGAGAGUAACUCAUGGUGAUGAGGAAGUUCUGAGGCAGGUUUGGGAGAGGAUGGAAACGAAGUUUGGGCCAGAGAAUGAAGAAGGGUGGAAAGGGUGGAGAGUGGAUAAGAGAUUAGAUUGGUUCAGGAAGGCACUGUUUGCGGAAGAAUAGGCAUAUCUCUACAUCCUCAUCAUCGUACGCCUCUUUGAUCAAGCGGUAGAUGUAAGAUGAUUUACCAACUCGGGCCUAAUAUAAUCGUAAUAUGGAUCCACAACCUCAACCCCUUCCAUACCCCCUCCUCCACCCUUCCCCUGCUCCCCAAUCACAGCUCCAGGUCCCUGGAAAUCCACCGCUCCGUAUUCAUGGUACAAAUUCCACGCGGGCGCGAAUUUAAAUUGACCGGUAGUCACGACGACAGGCUUGGAAUGUGUCUUUGCCGCGAGAGCACAAGCAAGAGAUCCGGACAGCGCGAACAAACCACCAUUGGCAAGGACAGAGUGAGCGCCAAGGAUGACUUUUGUAACUCGUGGAAGAAGGGCGUGGAUGGAGGAAUCAGGGAUGAGGAGGGUGGGGAUGCCGGAGGCGGAAAGGGAAGAGGCGAGGGAGUGACCGAGGCUUGCUUGAGGAAUGCUUCGACUGUUCUCGAGUGGCCCAUGGUCAAGAUGAUUUCGCUACCUCGCAUUAGCAGUCCGGCGGGAACAAAGUGAAUGCGCGAUACUUACGAAGAGUGAAUGUGCUCCCUUGCGCCCUUGGCAACAUCCUCAUGCGUGGUCUCCAGCUCACCAACAACCUCCUCAAUGGCCUGAAUCAAUAACGGCUUGAGCUUAGCACUAUGCUUCAUAAACUCAUCGCUAUCCACACUCGCCCUUGGCGUCGCCAUUCCAGAAGAACCUCUGCCAUGCCCAUUCCCAUUGGGGGUCGCAAACAAAUUCGUUGUAUUCGCUGAGUAUCCUUCCGCUGUCCCUCCACUAAGGGCGCCACUCCUUUCCAUCUGAGCUCGAGAGUGACGCAUGGCCACAAAGUUUGAGAGUGAAGUCUGGCGGGACAUUUGGAUAUGAGUGGGAAAAUACUGAGCGUCGACGGUGGCGGAUUGGGCGGCAGAAAGGUAGUGAUCUAAAGGUGCGUUGAUACCUGGUGUGCUGGGACCCAUAAGAGGGGUAGAAGGGAUGGAGUUAGGGGCGGAUGAGACAUGGGCGGCUGCAGCGGCGCGGUAUUCUUCCCGAAUGAGACGGAGGAUUCGACGAAUGAUAUUGGCGGCGGCAAGUUCUACGAGAAGCAUGAGAUACAUUUCCAGAUGUGUGAUAGCUGUACAUACCCUUAGGGUUGGCCUCAGUGAGUUUCCGCCCAACAGCUUUGAUUAAGCCGUUGCGAGAGCCACGUUCAAGGAUCCAACAAUUUGCCUUAAAAUACGAGACGUGAGCAUAUAAAAGGUACGUACGGACUCAUGACUCACCGUCUCCGAAGACUGGUGCAAAGAGUAUCAGUCAAUCGAGCGUUUGGGUCAGCAGAUUUCUGCAUUUGCUGUUAAGGACGUCAGCCGCAUGAAGGAACUUUCCCUUAGACUUUUUGUCCAACUCACCGGGGCGGAGUCGACGGCCAUUUUCCUGCUCUGAUAGUGGAUUCACGCAAUUCGAAGGGCAACAAUAGCAAACUUGUCAAGAAACGAACGAAGGAAACGAAAUCGCGGACCAAACGUUACGUUCCCUUUUCGAACGAGUCAAAGUCACGUGAUCCAGCGGUAAACAGCAGUUCGCGUUUAACGAGCAAGUGACGACAAUGGGCAAUGAUGGCGAGAACGACGAGGCGG